CACGCACUGCACCUUGGGCGUCCCUUUAUCGACCGCGGGGUAGCGCCUUGUUCCACCACCCCAAAUUUACCCUUCGGUCUGAACCCCUCCACACCUUUCGCCCUGCCCGCGCCGUCCGAAGUGACUCAGAGACGGGUUUCAGAAGGCGCAAAAACUGCAACUUCUACCUUUUGUCGUUGAUUUUCAACAAUCCACGUUUCGCCCACAAUCUCAAUAUGGAGAAGGUCACCGAAGCCCUGCAAAAGACCGCCAUUGGCGGCGGCGGCGACAAAAAACCGAAGAAGGAGAAGAAGGCCCCAGCAGCAGCCGCUGCCGACUCGGGCCCUCUGGAGCUGCAGCCACCCCCCAGCUUCCUCCAGGAGCGCAUUGAGCUUUUCGACCGUCUGUACAAGGAGCAGCAGGAAGAGCUCGCCAAGAAGCCGCGCGAUGAUAUCCUCAUCACCAUGCCGGACGGCACCGUCAAGCCUGGCAAGGCCUACGAGACCACCCCUGCCGAGAUCGCGAAGGGCAUUUCCAACAGCUUGUACAAGCGUACGGUCGUUGCGAGGAUUGAUGGCGAACAGCUAUGGGAUCUCGAACGCCCCCUUGAGAAGAGCUGCAAGCUGGAGCUGCUCGACUUCAACGAUGACCAAGGGAAAUUUGUUUUCUGGCAUUCUAGCGCACACAUCCUCGGUGAAGCUUGUGAGCGGAGGUUUGGCUGCUCGUUGUGCAUCGGCCCUCCGGUGGAAAAUGGGUUCUACUACGAAAUGGCUCUUCCGGGCGGCGCUGCCGUGACGUCUAGCGAUUGGGCGCCGCUCGAGAACAUUGUCUCCAAGAUCGUAAAGGAGAAGCAACCUUUCCAGAGGCUGGAAAUGACCAAGGAAGAUCUGCUCAAAAUGUUCGCCUACAACCCUUACAAGGUUCAUAUUAUCAAGGACAAGAUCCCGGAUGGCACAAAAACCACCGUGUACAGAAACGGCCCCCUGAUCGAUCUUUGCCGUGGACCGCAUGUGCCCGAUACGGGCAGGAUUGAGGCCUUUGCCAUCAUGAAGAACUCAUCCUCAUAUUUCCUUGGCGACGCCAACAACGAUUCGCUGCAGCGAAUCUACGGCGUAUCUUUCCCGGACAAGAAACAGAUGGCAGCUCACAAGAAGUUCCUCGAGGAAGCCGCCAAGCGCGAUCACCGUGUGGUCGGGAAGCAGCAAGAGCUCUUCUAUUUUGAAGAAUGCUCGCCAGGCUCCGCGAUGUGGCUGCCACACGGCAUGCGCAUCAACAACGCCAUCAUGGAGUAUAUCCGUGAGGAGUACUGGAAGCGAGGCUACGAUGAGGUCAUGACUCCCAACAUGUUCAACGUGUCUCUUUGGGAGCAGUCCGGCCAUCUGGCUCACUACAAGGAGGACAUGUUCCUGCUUGAUGUCGAUAAGGAACAGUUCGGUCUUAAGCCCAUGAACUGCCCUGCCCAUGCCUUGAUGUUCCGCCACAGGGAACGAAGUCACAAGGAGUUGCCGCUGCGUCUUGCUGAUUUUGGUGUUCUGCACCGUAACGAGGCCAGCGGCGCGCUGAGCGGUCUCACAAGAGUGAGAAGGUUCCAGCAAGAUGAUGCCCACAUCUUUUGCCGCGAGGACCAAAUCAAAGAGGAAGUCGCCGACCUCUUUGAUUUCAUGAAAUCUUUCUACGGCAUGCUGGGACUUGCAUUUAAGCUCAAGCUGUCCACUCGCCCGGACAAGUUCAUGGGCGAUAUCGAGACAUGGGACCGCGCUGAGGCCCGCCUGAAGGAAGCCCUUGAUGAGUUUGCCGCUGCUAACGCCGGUGUCACUUGGGAGCUCAACCCUGGCGAUGGUGCCUUCUACGGGCCAAAGGUUGACAUUGCUGUUCUGGAUUGUCUCAACGUAUGGGAGCCACUGUCCUAACUUCUUGAGAGACAACUAACACCGCAGACAGAGACAAUGGCAAUGUGCCACCAUUCAGCUCGAUUUCCAGCAACCCAUCAAUUUCUCUCUUGAGUACCAGACUGCCGAGGGCGUUCAGAAAGAUAAGACCGAUGCCUCGGAUGCUGCU